AUGUCUUGGACACGGACUGUGAUCGUAGCGGUCAUAGCCGCCGCGGUGGUGGGAACUGUGGUGGGGCUCGUAGUAUGGGCCGUGAUGAGGGACACCCCGGAACUGACGGAACCACCAGAACUGAGAGAACUUGACUGGUGGGAACACACAGUAAUAUACCAGAUCUACCCAAGGUCCUUCAAAGACAGCGAUGGAGACGGCAUAGGGGAUCUGAAAGGUAUCAUUAGCGAACUGGAGCAUCUGGUAGAUGCUGGAGUGGGUGCUCUCUGGAUGUCUCCCAUCUUCAAGUCUCCGAUGUAUGACUUUGGGUACGAUAUCAGUGACUUCUACGAAAUACAAGAGGAGUACGGAACCAUGGCAGACUUUAACGAGCUGGUCGAAAAAGCGCAUGCGUUAGGACUUAAAGUGUUGCUAGACUACGUACCUAAUCAUGCUAGUACAUAUUCGGAAUAUUUUAUAAAGUCGGAAAACAGAGAGCCGGGAUAUGAAGACUACUUCGUCUGGGCCGACCCAGUCAGGGUCAACGGCGUCAAUCAGGUACCCUCUAACUGGAUAAGUCAAUUCGGUGGCUCUGUCUGGGAGUUUAGCGAAAAACGCCAGCAAUACUACCUCCAUCAAUUUGCAAUUGAACAAGCUGACUUCAACUUCCGCGAGCAGGCAGUCAAAGAUGAAAUGAUCAAAAUCAUGUUAUUCUGGAUAGAGAGAGGAGCUGACGGCUUUAGGGUGGACGCUAUUCCUCACUUGUUCGAAACAGCACCUGAUGCUAAUGGAAUCUACCCAGACGAACCUUUAUCCGGCAAUAUGUUCUUGAGGCCUGAUCAGGCUGGUUACACUACGCAGAUCCACACAAGGGAUCUCAUAGAAUUGUACGAUGUUGUAUACGAUUGGAGAGAAGCAGUCGACAACUGGGCAAAAAACAAUGGUUCCGAGACCAAAGUACUUCUUGCAGAGGCAUAUGCUAACAUAAGCAUGACUAUGUUGUACUAUGGAGACGAGAAAGGAAGGAUCGGUGCACAUUUCCCCUUCAACUUUGACUUUAUCACAACCUUGUCUGCUGAGUCGAGUGCCAGAGACUUCGCUUACGUCAUUAGGCACUGGUUCACGUACAUGCCACAAGGACAAGUGCCGAACUGGGUGUUCGGAAACCACGACCAGAGCCGAAUGCCAUCUAGAUUCAGAAGCAACAUGGUGGAUGGAUUGAACGGUCUGAACAUGUUACUCCCUGGAGUAGCCAUCACCUACCAGGGUGAGGAGAUCGGUAUGAAGGACGGAUUUGUCAGCUGGGAGGAUACCGUCGAUGUGGCCGCCUUGAACCAAGGCAAUUCAAGUAACUACUUGGAGUUCUCCAGGGACCCUUGCAGAACCCCGUAUCAUUGGGAUAACUCUACUAACGCUGGUUUCUCAACGGCUCCAAAGACUUGGCUGCCCGUAGCCGAAGAUUACAUAGAAAUCAAUCUUCAAGCACAGAAAGAUGCGGCUGUUAGUCAUUAUAAGGUAUACCAAGCCCUGACCAGACUUCGCAAGGAGAAGGCCUUGUCACAUGGUGCAUUCGACGUGCAGGCGCUGAGCUUAAACACGCUGCUCUUGGUCCGACAUCUGAGGACGCACGACACGUACGCCUUGCUGUUCAACGUGGGCGCAGUCAGCGACACAGUCAGCCUCAGUAACGUGGACCUGCUCUCAGAACCCCUGACUGUGUACAUCUCAAGUGUACAUAGUACCAGAACUCCUGGGUCUACGAUAUCCUCGAGCAGUAUCACCCUGCUACCUGGAGAAGCCUUAGUACUUCGAGCACCACCGACGUGA